UUUUUAUAUGCAUUAAUUGUUAAUGCAAAGAUUAAUUGAAAAUCAAAGAUUCGACAGCGACCUUUAGACCUCUACUUAACAUAAUGUUGACCUUUGACUGCAAUGAAAUUGAUAUAUUUUUAUAAAAAUAUUUUCAAAGUAAUUUCACGAAACGUCGUAAUAAUAGUUUCACGCUAAUUUAGUUGGCAGCGCAUAUUUCUGCGCUUUGGAAGAAAGAAAGUCUAUCGGUUAAAUAUUCUUAUUAAUAUUAAAUGACGAUACGUAUGUGUCUGACAUGUUAUAAAACUCAAUUACUCCGAUAUCAUAAAUAUUCUUUUCGUAUUCACUUUUAGUGCGUUUUUGCAUCACUUCUGACAAUGACAGUUGUGUUACUUCAAAAAUGUUUUUUUAGCAGAUUGUUCAAUAUAUCUCGAUUAUAGAUUAAUUAUAUUCUACUGUGGAUCUCGUCGUAAAAUAUGGAUAACGUAAUAGGAAUAAUAUGUGCUAUAUGUCAAGGAUUUUUGGAUAGCUUUAAGGGUGCUAAAGUUCUACUUGAUAUGGAUAAAAGUAUUAAUGAAAACUUAUUUAAAGAACCCUCUUCUUCUAAAGAAAUUCAUGGAAAGGAAAUAGUUGUUGCAACACAGUCUGCAAGACAUUUCAAUCAAUCAAGAGAAUCAAAAGCGUUAAGACGAACAUUUGAAUGUUGUGCUUUAAAUGGUGGUUUAUUUUGGGCUAACAUAUUAAUCUUUGAGCGUGGUUUACUCCCAUUUGUGAAGUAUUCAUUGACUAUUAUAUUCGGUCAUUCGCCGGGUAUGGGUAUGACUUUGUGGUCUUGGAUGAAACCAUUUCUGUCAUUAACUUUUGGCACUCUAUGGGUGUUACCACUAUUUGUGCUCAGUAGGAUAGUCAACAGUUUAUGGUUUCAGGACAUAGCGGACAGUGCUUAUAGGUAUAGACAAGGGAGACCGUUACUUUUAUCCAGUGUGAGCAAGCUUGUAGCAGACACGCUUUUCAGUGUAUUGGUUCAAGCAUUAUUUUUGGGCCAAGGCAUGUUGGUAUCCAGAAUUCCAUUACCUCUUGUAGGUGACAUACUUGCCCUUAUACAUAUGUGCCUUUUAUAUGCUCUCUAUGCUUUUGAAUACAAAUGGUUCAAUAUGGGUUGGGAGUUACAUAGACGAUUAAGUUUUAUAGAAAAUAACUGGCCAUAUUUUGUGGGUUUCGGUCUGCCAUUAGCAGUACUUACCCAACUGCCCAGUUCGUAUGUAAUAAGUGGCUGUGUAUUUUCUAUAUUGUUUCCAAUAUUUAUUGUAAGUGGAAAUGAAGCAAUACCUGUGACUGGAGUGUGUGACUGUCCAUUAAAAUUAUUUUCUCCUGUGAUUGCUAUUGCAAAUACACUCUUUAAUAAAACAAUUGGACAUACAAAUAGACGGUGACAGAAAAGAAUAUAACAAAUUUCUAUGGGAUAAUAAAUAUGUAGCGAUAAAUUAUUUCCUUUUUCACACGUUUUGUUAUUUUACAUCAGAUAUAUGUUUAAUUAAUAUUUUUAUGUUAACUCUUAUGUUGUUAGACUAUGAAUAAGAUUUAGAUUUUAUUCAUUUUCUAUGACAAUGUAAACAAAAUUUAAGACAUAAUCUACGUACAGUUGGUACGUAGCGUUAUUUGUAUAUAGAAAUGCAUUCAUAAACUAUGUAUGUAGAUAUGCAGAAACAAAUUACAGUAAGGAAUAUUUGUAAAUAUCACUCGAUACAUUUGAAAAAUCAGAAUGUUCCUUACUGUAUUACAAGAGAUCAAAGUAACUGGAAGUUUUAUACAUUUUUAUUAUUACUAUUAAAGUAUGAAAAAAAUAAUAUGCUUUGAUAAAAUAAUUGCAUACAAUUCCUAACACAUUUUAUAAAACAUACAAUUAAAAAAGGAAAAUGUAAAUAUAGUUGCCUAAAUAUUUGCACAACUAAAAGUAAUUUUUUUGUGAAAAAUUGAUUGAUAUAUAUUUAUAUUUAUAUAUAGUUAUUCAUUCAAUUUAGAUUUGUCAAAACGUGUUACUUUAUACAAUGUAAUAAACUUGAAGAUAACAUUACGAUAAUUUGUUUCUAUAUUAUUACUUUUAACUCUUAGAUCACAUUAUUGUAAAAUAAAUAUUUAUAAU